AAAGCAUCUUGUCAGUAAAGGUUGUUUCUAAAUCAGCCUGUUCAAAAUGAUAAGGAACAAAAUGCUUUUCUUAUCAAUUAUUCUACUCUUCAUAGCUUCAAAUUACUUAAUUAAGUGUGACAAUGAAGGAUUUUUUACGGUUGUUGGAAGUAAUUUGCUGAAAUAUCAGCAACCUUAUCGAACAGUUUUGACAUAUCAAGGAUAUAAGGAGGAACAAAUUCUACAAAUUGGAAUUAAGGAAGUUAAGGAAAAUUCCACUGGAUAUGAAGUUUAUAAGAAAGUGACAGUCUCAGGUGAUGGAAUUAAGAAUGUCAAUUUUGAUCUUAAUAAUCAGCCACAAGGCGACUAUGUACUCGAAGUCAAAAGCAUGACUGGCAAAAAAUUUAAUCAAUCUGUUGCUUUGCAUAUGAAUUUGAGAAAAUAUUCGACCUUCAUUCAGACUGACAAGAGCAUCUAUAAACCCGGUGAUAAUGUCAAGUUUCGUGUUUUUGUUGUUGAUGCUGAUACAAAGCCUUUUAAGUUCGAUGACAUUGAAAUCUUCAUCACAGAUGGUGGCAGGAAUCGAAUCAAGCAGUUUGAAUCUCCAAAAUCAAAGUUUGUCAAUGGAGUUUAUCGAAAUGAGCUUCAAUUGUCUGACUUACCGGUCAUGGGCACAUGGAAGAUCCAUGUCAAAGUUAACAAUAAAUCAAAUACAAAUAAGGAUUUUGAGGUUAAUGAAUAUGUCUUACCGAAAUUCGAGCUCACAAUGGACACAGAACCAGCAAACUUUAAAGAUGGGAAGAUUCGAGCCACAGUUAAAGCAAAAUACACAUUUGGUAAGUUUGCUAAAGGAACUGCAAAAGUAACAGCUGAGGUAUACAGAAGUCAUUAUUCACGUGAGGAACAAAAGUUGAUUGACGAGUCAGUUCGAGUGUCUAAGCAGAUCGAUGUUGAUGGUAAAAAGUUUGUAGAAUUUGACGUCAUAAAUGAGUUAAAAAUGAACCAAAGCAGGUAUGAAAGGUUUGUGACUCUAACAGCAACAUUUGUAGAGGAACUUAAUCAAAAAGAAAUGAAUGUGACUAAAGACAUUUAUGUUGAGAAAUCUCCAUACAAGAUUGAAUUAACUAAAAGUGCAGAAAAAAUCAAACCAGGACUUCCAUUUAAAUUACGAGCUCAGGUGAUGAAACACGAUAAAAACAUGCCAGUCACUGACAGUCACAAUCCUGUUAAAUUUGAAAUUAAAUACAAUUACGAUAUUAUGAGAACAUGCACGCGUAAAGAUUAUCCGGAAUGGUUUGAUCCAUACUUUAGGUUCUACAAAAGGAAUGAGACUGUGACUCAACGAACAUUGACUGUAGAUGACAUAAUAACAUCAGAAUAUGAAUGCAGAGAAGUCAAGUCAAUGGAUGAAGUCAGAGAAGUGUUUCCUAAAAAUGGACUUGCUGAGCUUCCUCUUGAAGUUAUUGGAAACAUCACUGAUAUACGCGUGGAUGCUUCAUAUCUUGACGCUAGUGACUAUACGAAUUAUAUUUCAAGAGCAGUUUCAGAAAGUAACAAGUUCAUUCAGUUGUAUUAUUCACCACAAUGGACUCAAUCAAACGAUUCAUAUGUAGUUCGUAUAGCUUCCAAUGAAAAGAUUAAUCGACUCAAUUACAAAAUAGUAGGAUCAUCUGGAUAUAUUGAGACAAAAUCUUUUAAAUAUGCCAAAAUCAUGGAUGACUAUUUAGAAAUUGUCCCAACCACAUCAAUGGGUUCAUCUAUUCAAGUCAUUGUCUUUUGCAUUACCGAAGAAGGAGAACUUAUUUCUGACAGUAUAGACUUUGAUCUUGAUGGAAAUUUCGCAAAUUAUAUCAACCUUCACCUUUCAUCCGAACAAGUUAAGCCAGGUGAGAAUGUCACUAUCACAGUAGACAGCACACCAAAUUCAUUUGUUGGACUUCUUGGAAUCGACCAGAGUGUUCUUCUUUUGAAGUCUGGAAAUGACAUUGAUGAAGUCACAGUAAGCAAUGAGUUAAGAAGAUUUGAAAGUUAUGAUAUAUAUCACUACAGGAGAUAUGAUGGCCCUAAUGAAUACUAUGAAGACUUUAAUAAGAAUCUUGUUAUCAUAUCCAAUACAAAAGGAUCACAAAAAUACAAAUACAUCCAAACUUAUGAUAAUCAUACAUAUGACUUACCAUUGGAUGGAUAUCCUUAUCCAACAAAGCAAUAUGAAAUUGCAUCUUAUGAUCGAGUUGGUGCAAGUGACUUUGAUAGUGAUGCUGUACUUUUUUCUGGAGUUGGGGCUAGUGCAGGAGGUGGAGGACCAAAACCAAUUGAAAUUCGCAAAGAUUUUCCAGAAACUUGGUUGUUUGAAGAUUUUGACAUGGAAAAUAGCAACAAGCAUGUCUUAACAAAGAAAGUCCCAGACACAAUAACAUCAUGGAUCAUCACUGGAUUCUCACUCAAUCCUAAUCUUGGUUUAGGACUCACAAAGGAACCAACAAAGUUAAAUGUUUUCCAGCCAUUCUUUGUGUCAACAAAUCUUCCAUAUUCUAUUAAACGCGGUGAAGUUGUCUCAAUUCCAUUUUCUGUCUUCAAUUAUUUAGGAACUUACCAAAAUGUCAUCGUGAAAUUCUUCAAUUCUGAUCGUGAUUUUGAGUUUGCGGAAGUUAAUGAAGCUGAAAAUUCAGUCAGUCGUCAGAAGCGUGCACUUGAAAAGGAACGGACAAAAGAAAUUUUUGUCAAAUCCAAUGAAGGUACUUCCAUUUCAUUUAUGAUUCGUCCAUUGAAAGUUGGUCACAUAACAAUAAAAGUUACUGCUGAAUCACAACUUGCUGGUGAUGGAGUUGAACGACAAUUGAAAGUUGAACCUGAAGGAGUUACUCAAUAUUUCAAUGAAGCUGUCUUUGUUGACUUAAGGAACCAGAAGAAUUUCAGGAAGAACAUUCAAAUCACAGUUCCAUCAGAUGCUGUUGAGGAUUCAACAAGAAUUGAAGCUUCAGUUAUUGGUGACAUUCUUGGACCAACACUUGAGAAUCUUGAUAAUCUUAUACAACUUCCAUAUGGAUGUGCUGAACAGAACAUGCUGAAAUUCGUACCUAACAUUCUUGUCCUUGAAUAUCUCACAAAUCUCAAUAAACUGAAUCCAGAAACGGAAGCAAAACUUAAAAAGCAUCUUGAUGUUGGAUAUCAGAAGCAGUUGACAUACAAGAAUAAAGGCGGUUCCUACAGUGGAUUUGGAAUGAAAACUGAGAAUGGAUCAACAUGGUUGACUGCAUAUGUAGCAAAGUCAUUCAAUCAAGCAUCAAAAUACAUCGAUAUUGACCAAGAAGUCAUAACUGAAGCACUUGACUUCCUCAGUUCAGUUCAAAGUGAUAAUGGAAGCUUCCCUGAGUUUGGUCAUGUCUCAUACACACCAAUGCAAGGAGGAGCAUCAAAAGGAAUUGGACUGACUGCAUACACAUUAAUCACAUUCUUAGAAAAUAAGCAGCAUGGUGAGAAAUAUAAAGACACGAUUAAGAAAUCUUUAGAUUAUGUUGUGAAGAAUAUUUGGGAACUUGAUGACAUUUAUGCACUUGCCAUAGCUAGUUAUGCACUUCAACUUGCUAGACAUGAGAAGAAGGAUGAGUUGCUUGCCAAAUUAAAUAAUAAAGCAGAAGAAAUGGAAGGAAUGAAAUAUUGGAAGAAGGAAAUUGUUGAAGAUGAAGGAAGAGCUUAUUGGUUCUAUAGACGUAGAAGUACAGUCAAUGUUGAAAUGACAUCAUAUGCUAUGCUUGCAUUCAUUUUAGCUGGUCAUGAUCAACAAACAAUUCCAAUCAUGAAAUGGCUUGUGUCACAAAGAAAUUAUCGUGGUGGAUUCCAAUCAACACAAGAUACUGUCGUUGGACUUCAAGCUUUAUCUCAGUUGGCAUCAAAAAUUCCAUUCAGCAACAAUCAAAUGAGAAUUUCUAUAAAACCUGAAAAUUCAGCACAAAAAUCAUUUGACUUGAAUGACAAAAAUUCAUUAAUUCUUCAAAAAGCAGAACUUCCAUCAAGUUCAAGGACAUUUGAAGUCACAGCAAAUGGAACUGGAUUUGCAAUACUUCAGAUUUCUUACAAAUACAAUUUAGAUAAUGCAGGCAAACAUCCACGAUUCAAUUUAAAGCCAACAGUUGACACAACAUCAAAUAAAGAAUUUUUGAACUUGAAAGUUUGCACAAAUUUUGUUCCUGAUUCACAAGAUGACAAGUCUAAUAUGGCAAUUAUGGAAGUGACUUUACCCAGUGGAUUUACAUUCGAUAAUGAUCAUUUGACUGAACUUAUGACGACUGAGAAAGUUAAAAAAGUCGAGACAAAGGAUGGAGAUACAGUCAUAAUGGUCUACUUUGAUGACAUUGAAGCAACAUACAUUUGUCCAUCAUUCCAUGCUUAUCGUACACAUUCAGUUGCCAAUCACAAACCAGCUCCAAUUGUUGUUUAUGAUUAUUAUGAUAAUUCACGUCAUGCUCGAGCAUUCUACAAUCCACCAGAAAUCUCAUUGUGUGACAUUUGUCAAGGUGCUGAUGAAUGCAAAGAUGCUUGUGAGGUUCCAACUGUUGAGAUUCAUUGAUUUUACUUGUUCAAAAUUAUCAAAAAAUCG